AUGGCCGUGUUUUCUCGUCUUCUCCGCAGCACGACGGCGCUGCUGGCCAUCGGAUCGGCCGUCGCCAACCCGGUUGAGCGCCGUGGCACUGUCGACUCGGAUGCGAUCGUCGGCUUCGCCCAGGCAGUCCCCAGCGGUACCGUCGGCGAGGUCUACCUGGCGUAUCAGCCGUACCUUAAGGUCGUCAACGGCUGCGUGCCCUACCCGGCCGUCGAUGCCGAGGGCAACACCAAUGCCGGCUUGAAGACGUCGGGCUCCAGCAACGGUGGCUGCUCCAGCAGCACGGGCCAGAUCUACGUGCGCGGCGCCACCUACGGCAAAUACUAUGCCGUGAUGUACUCUUGGUACAUGCCCAAGGACGAGCCCUCGGAUGGUCUCGGCCACCGCCAUGACUGGGAGGGUACCAUUGUCUGGCUGACCAGCGGCACCAGCACAACGACUGGCAACAUCGCCGCCGUCUGCCCGUCUGCACACGGAAAGUGGGAUUGCACUACCGACGGCUAUACCUUGUCCGGCACCAAGCCACUGAUCAAGUACGAGAGCGUCUGGCCCGUCGACCACUCGUGCGGCUUGACCACCACCGUCGGCGGCACCCAGCCUAUGAUAUCCUGGGAGGAAUUGCCCACCGUGGCCCAGGACGCUCUCACCAACACCGACUUUGGCGACGCAAACGUGCCGUUCAAGGAUGCCAACUUUGAUACCAACCUGGGCAAGGCUACGUUUUAG